AUGGAGAACAAAAAUGUAAGGAAAUAUUUCCCCGUCAAAACGGUUGAGGAUUUAUUUGCCCUCAAUAACGUUAUAGAUGAAGACAAUCGACUGAUAUACUUCGAAGAUAUUAAAAUCGAUGUACCAUGGGGCCAGAUUGUAGGACGAUGGUAUGGCAACCGCAAAGUCCGUCCGAUACUUGCUAUACACGGUUGGAUGGAUAACCUUGGCACGUGGGAUCGUUUAAUACCGCUGCUACCCAAACAUGUUGGUAUAUUAUGCAUUGAUUUACCCGGCCAUGGCAGGUCCUCGAAACUACCUCUCGGCAUAACAUAUCACGUGUUUGAAUAUAUUUUCACAAUUGUUCGAAUCGUGAAGGAAUACAAAUGGCGAAAGGUAUCACUGAUGGGACAUUCAAUGGGUGCAAUUAUUUGUUUUCAUUAUGCCGCCCUAAAUCCGUACAUGGUCGAUAUGCUAAUACAAAUCGAUUUGAUCAAAGAUGUUUAUGACUCCGAAAGCCGCCAAAUAAAACAAAUCAGCGAGCGAACUGAAAAACUUCUAAUUGAAAACGAACGCCUUGAACAGUUGCACAUUAAGACACCACCCUGCUAUUCAUACGAACAAUUGGAGGAGGCACUCUAUAGGGGAUCCCAUAGAUCCGUUGAAAAACAAUAUUGCAAACAUUUGCUAAACCGAAGCAUAGCCAAGGCGGAACAACAUCCUGAGAAAUUUUAUUUUUCUCGAGAUCCACGCAUUAAACAUCAUGUUCGGCUAUCGGGGGAACAAAAACUGAGCGUCGAAUUGGCAAAACGUAUACGCAACAUUCCCUAUAUGUUAGUUCGAUCGCAUGAACAAAGCUUGAUGACUGCAAAGGAUGAAGAAAUCGUAGAUAUCCUCCGGGCGAAUAAUCCACAUUUUCACUACGUACGUGUGAAAAAUACAACUCACCAUUUGCACCUGAAUAGUCCCGAAGAGGUGGCGGCGCAUCUAGAUCCAUUCAUUCUACAGCAUCGACCAGUUAUAUUGGACAGUUGGUCAAUCGAUGGCAAUGACAAUUUUAGUGUUAAUAAACCAAAUAUUAGCAGCAAACUAUAA